CGCCUGUCUACGUCUCUGGCCAUGUUCUCGCGCGCCGUUGCACGUGUAGGUGUACGCUGUCGCUUUGUGAGUCAGCAAAAAGGGAAGGGAGUCGGCGAUAAUUUGUUGCAGCGGCUGUUGCUAGUGAACGUUACCGUCAGGAACGGCAAGCAGGUCGCGCGUUACAGUACGAACCAAGUCGCGAGCGAGUCGAGCCGUGCGACGAUGUCGAAUAAUGAGAAGAAGCCGUUUCGCCGUCUGCCAACGACCGUGUGUCCCUAUCACUAUGAUAUCACGCUGACGCCGAACCUUUCCACUUUCACUUUCGACGGCACGGAGAACGUGCAUAUCGACGUAAACUGCGCAACUGACACCGUUGUCUUAAAUUCGUUAGAAAUUAAUAUAAAGAGUGCAACAUUCAAUGGAAACGAUGGUGAGACCAUUCCCGCCGAUAAAAUUGAAUUGUCGGCAUCUGAGGAAACGGCCACUUUGGUGUUUCCUAAAAAUCUACCCCUUGGUAAAAGUGGGUACCUGAAUCUCGAAUUUGUGGGUGAGAUCAAUGACAAGAUGAAAGGCUUUUAUAGAAGCAAAUAUUGUGGAGAUGAUGGCACCAUUGAACAUGCAGCAGUUACUCAAUUUGAACCAACAGAUGCUAGACGUUGUUUCCCAUGUUGGGACGAACCAGCACUCAAAGCUACAUUUGAUAUUGCUCUAAAAGUACCAAUUGGUCUUACAGCACUUUCCAAUAUGCCGGUGAAAAACCAAGUUACGAAUGACAACUACGAGUCAUUGACUUUUGAGAGAACGCCAAUUAUGUCGACGUACUUAGUAGCAGUAGUGGUAGGCGAGUUUGAUUAUAUAGAGGACAAGUCUAGUGAUGGUGUAUUAGUUCGGGUUUACGUACCCAAGUCUAAAAAGGAGCAGGGCCAGUUUGCGUUGGAGGUGGCGACCAAGGUCCUGCCCUACUAUAAAACCUACUUCGGCAUAGCGUAUCCCCUGCCGAAGAUUGAUCUCAUUGCGAUCUCCGAUUUUUCGUCCGGCGCCAUGGAGAACUGGGGUUUGGUCACAUAUCGCGAGACCUGUCUGCUCGUGGAUCCACAAAACACGUCGGCCGUACGCAAACAGUGGAUUGCGUUGAUAGUAGCGCACGAGCUGGCGCAUCAGUGGUUUGGUAAUCUCGUCACAAUGGAGUGGUGGACGCAUCUGUGGCUGAACGAAGGCUACGCAUCGUUCGUCGAGUUCCUCUGCGUUGCACAUCUCUUCCCGGAAUAUGACAUCUGGACGCAAUUUGUAACAGACACGCAUAUCCGAGCGCUGGAACUGGAUGCUCUGAAGAACAGCCAUCCUAUCGAAGUGCCAGUUGGUCAUCCGUCAGAAAUCGAUGAAAUCUUCGACGACAUAUCAUAUCACAAGGGAGCCUCCGUGAUUCGCAUGUUGCACGCGUACAUAGGUGACGGUGACUUCAGAAAGGGCAUGAAUCUGUACCUGAAGCGACACAGCUACGCCAAUGCGGAAACUGAGGAUCUCUGGGCUGCAUUGGAGGAGGCCAGUAAUAAAGCUGUACGUAACGUUAUGUCGUCGUGGACCAAGCGACAGGGCUUUCCCAUUGUCAAAGUCGAUUAUGUCCAAGAAGGUGAUAACAGAGUUCUGACACUGUCUCAGUGUAGAUUCUUAGCCGAUGGCUCGGUAGACACCACAGAAGACGUAUGGAUUAUACCGAUAAGCUUCAGCUCUGCGAAAGAUCCGAAUAAGACGAUAUUCAGCAGCAUACUAGACGCUAAAACGAGGAAGUACUUAAUCGAGGAUAUUCCUGAGGACGCCUGGCUGAAGGUCAAUCCCGGCACUGUCGGCUUCUACCGAACUCGUUACAGUCACUCCGCUUUGUCGCUUCUUUUGCCGGCGAUCAAGGAUCAUACAUUGCCUCCUUUGGAUAGAUUGGGUCUACUGGAUGACCUAUUUGCCAUAGUACAAGCCGGCCAUGCGUCCACCGUGGAAGUUCUCGAACUCAUGCAAGCGUUUCAACGUGAAGAUAACUUCACGGUAUGGUCUAGCAUAGUGAACACUCUAAGCAAAAUCGGCGUCUUGAUUUCGCACUUGGAAUUCGAGGACUCCUUCAAGGCAUUCGGACGCAACCUAUUUCGCGAUAUUAACAAUAGGUUAGGAUGGGAUCCGAAGCUGAAUGAGAGCCACUUAGAUACGUUGCUCCGAUCCCUCGUAUUAGGUCGUAUGGCGGCUUUGAAUGAUCAGGACACUAUUCAAGAGGCGAAGAGGAGGUUUGAACUCCACGUGAACGGCACAACAACGCUCGCUGCUGAUCUGCGCAGUCCAGUUUAUCGCGCCGUGCUUUCUGUGGGCGAUGCCGAUACUUAUGAUACUAUGGUAAAGCUGUACAAGGAAUCUGAUCUUCACGAAGAGAAGGACAGGAUCUUGAGAGCGCUGGGCGCGAUCAAGGAUGAAGCCUUGCUAUUCAAGGUCUUGGACUUCGCCAUGAGCGAUGAGGUGCGCGCUCAAGACACGGUGUUCGCCAUCAUGUCCGUGGGUAUGACAUACAAGGGACGCCUGUUAGCAUGGAACUUCUUCAAGCAGAACUGGAAGACGCUGCUGGACCGUUACGAGGGUGGCUUUCUGCUGGCCAGAUUGGUGAAAUUCACCACGGAGAAUUUCGUCACCGAGGAACUUGCCAAAGACGUGGAGAACUUCUUCGAGAGUCACCCGACCCCGGGUACCGAGAGAACGGUGCAGCAGAGCGUGGAGUCCAUCAGAUUGAACGCCGCGUGGCUCGCCAGAGACAAAGACUCGAUCCAAAAGUAUCUGACCACUCAAGUUUAGUAGACGCGAUUCUUACGUCUCCCUCGUUACCAUUAAUCAGACAUAAUCGGAAACCGUGCAAAGGCGGAUUUGUAUUAUCGCGCGCGAAGCGUCUUACUCGGUAUUGCUUGAAUAUUGCCGAAACGGCAUCAAUUAGGCGACAGGGACGGUCUCGUAUACCCCGUAAUUAUCCGGGUACGAAUCAUGUGUGUGCACGCUUAACGGAACUUAACGCGAAUUCAACGUUGCUUUUAACACGCGGUUGAAAAUUCUUUUGAGAGCGAAAACGAAUGGAGGGAUAUACCGUUUUGUAUACCUGUUAUACCUCACCGACGAGUCAUCUUGAAAUAACACAGCAUUUUACGAUGUUCUGACUUUCUGACUUUUGACUGGUAUUAUAUAUUAGUCGUUUGUUAUCAAGGUAGAGAGGAUUUAAAGUAUUCCAAAUAAUUCUUUGUUUUAUUAUUUCAAGUUGGGAUAUGUACGAAGAUCUCCUCUCCAAUUAUUGUAUACGUUCCAAUCAAUUAAAAUUAUUUUUUAUUGUUGUUGUAUAUCGAAAGACUUUACUUUUUUUGUGUUCUUUUUUAUUAUUACAUUAAAAUAGGGCCCAGGUACGAUUAAAAAUAGAAUACCAGUUAAAAGUUUAUUCCGUUUACAUUGUUAUUUACUCGUGUAUUACAAUCCAUUUGAGACAUGUAUUUUUGGUUAUAUCGACAGUGUUUACGAUAUAAAAAAAAUUAUAGGAUUUACUGUACGGAAGAGAAUUUCCUGUACAUGCGAUUGCAAAAACAUAUACGAUCCGAAUUUAAAGUCCGAAUGGAUAAGUGUUUUAAAACGGGAAGUAAGCAAUUUCUUUUCCAGCGCGUCCGAUCGACGCACAUAACGCGACUUAUUUCGUCUUAUGGAAUAAUGAGACUUAAGAAAGAAUCGUUUUUUGGAGAGUGCAUAAUUAAGGGCUUGCGAGUUGGUGUUGAGUAGUGACCAUCACCUCUCUGACGAUUGGACAGAAGUGUCUUAGGCACUUCUCAGUUAACAUGAAUAUCAACUUUAAAAAUUUUAGAAAGUUUAUUCUGUUUUUAAAAUAUGAAGAACGCCGAGAAAGAGACUUACUAAAUUUUUAUAAACGACGUAAAAAUGUCAACAAAAUUUUCCUGAUUGUCUUUAUGUAUCUGUUGAACAUAUUCCUGAUUUGUUGAGAAUUCUUUUAAGCAUUUCUCAGAUGUUUUGGAUUUUUGUGUUAUUUGAGUUGUCAUAUUAUCACUGAUAAUAAACAAUGUGCAUUAUUUUCACCUCGUCAUCAGUGAUACCUCAUAAACGACUUCAUCCACAGAUCAGCACCAGCUUCCGAGUCCUGUACAUAACUUAUUAUUAUGUAUUAACCAUUAAUAUGUACAAAUUACAAUCUAUAAUGUAGACAAUGAGAUUGUUUAUUUGAUAUAGUGGGGUGUUAAACGCAGUACACGUGCCAUAAUUAUUUCCAAUCGGCCAUCGUCCCUCCGCUUGUACUAGAAGAAAGUAACCACUUCCGACUGUGUCAUCGUAAAUUGAGGACCUGAAGACCUUUAAUUUAGGUGUCUUUUCUCGGUAUAGGUUUUCACGAUACAUCCGUCCUGUCAUCGAUCUUCUCCCCAUCUUGAUAGUUUCUUGUAACUGUAUAUUCUUUUGGUGCCUUUCUACCUUUACGUUCUGUAUUACAUUGGUCAUUUGCGAAUAUUGAUUUUGCAAUUUGCUCAAAUCGUUGAAUUUUAAAAUUGUAUUGACGAUAAUACAAUGGUGGUUGUCAUUAACAAAGAAGACAGUACUGAACACUUUUUGUAAGCAUACGUUUAAUACAUUAAAAUUUGAUGGUAAAUA